AGCUGUGAGGGACAGACGCUCGGAGAGGGAAGCAGGGAGAGAAGAGACAGCAAGAGGAUAGAGAGAAGUGGGGAAAGAGAGAGAGAGAGAGAGAGAGAGAGAGAGAGAGAGUGUAAGGUUGAAGAGUUUGGACCUUUUUGCUCUGUGGGGUCACUCAGGAGCUCAGAUCUUAGUAGAGGAGAUCCCUGGUUCAUCAUCUGAGUGCAGGUACUGAGGAUGACAGCAAACAUGUUGAUGGUGUUUGUGCUGGGUGCACUGCUUUGUCAGGUGUGGAGCUCUGUUGAACCUCCUCACAACGAGGAGGAGCUGCAUCCUCAGGUCCGCUACCCCUGGAGAAACCAAGGCGUGGGAGUGGUCAGAGUGAAGAGGGAUUGGAUCAUCCCUCCAAUCAGAGUGCUGGAGAACAGCAAGCAGGUUCCUGAAAACCUUGUCCAGAUCAAAUCGGACAAAAUCUUCACAGGUGAGGUGAUCUACAAGCUGGAGGGACCGGGCGUUGACCAGGAGCCCAAGAAUCUCUUUGAGAUAGAUGACAAAACAGGAGUGAUCAGGAGCAAGCGGCCACUGGACCGGGAGAAAUACAACAGCUUCACCCUUAAAGCUUUUGCGCUGUCGCCCAGUGGAGAGAGACUGGAGAAUCCCACCACCAUAGAGAUCAUGGUGCUGGAUCAGAAUGACAACAGACCCGCCUUCACCCAGAGCCAAUUUGUUGGAACUGUCUCCGAGUUCUCAGUCCCAGGCACGUCCGUGAUGUCAGUUUCAGCCGCUGAUGCAGACGACCCGAUGACGGAAAACGCUGCUCUGAGCUACUCCAUCAUCAGCCAGGAGAGUAUCCCUGCGAACGCUGUCACCAAGACUAUGUUUGGUAUUAACAACGAGACAGGAGCCAUAUAUACGCGAGAUGUGGGCCUGGAUAGAGAGGUGGUGAAAAGUUUCCGAUUGAAACUGCAGGUGGCUGAUAUGACGGGCAUGGGAUUAACAAGUGAAGGUGUCGCGAUCAUCCACGUCACUGACAUCAACAACCAUGCUCCACGGUUUAACCCCACCUCUUACAGUAUGACUGCAGUGGAGAACAGGCACGACUAUGAGAUCGGCCGGGUGAACGCGAGCGACAGAGACGACCGUGGAACGGGAAACUGGGAGGCCAGAUACUUCAUUUCCAACGACCCUGAGGGAAACUUUGCCAUCGCUACAGACCCUGAAACCAACCAGGGCGUCCUGUCAGUGGUGAAGCCCCUGGAUUUUGAGGCCCACAGUAAAUACGUCCUGAUUCUAACGGUGAGAAACCUCAACGCUCUGAGCAACAAGGCUCCAAACCUCCCAGCGAGCACGGCCUCGGUGGCGAUCACCGUCGUGAACGAGAACGAAGCUCCACAUUUCAGGGAGAACCCCGUACAGAUUGUGGUCCCUGAGUCUGUGGCUCCUGGUACGCUGCUGAAGAGCAACAUUGCCUUUGACCCUGAUCAUUCUGACCUGAGAUAUGAGAUUAUCAGAGAUCCAGAGAGAUGGCUGCACAUCGACAGCAAUACAGGGGACAUUUCAGCCAAGAGAAGCUUUAACAUGAGAUCUCCACAUGUUAAAAACCACGUCUACAGUGCUGUCGUGAAGGUUACAGAUUCUGGAGGCGUGUCGACCACGGCGACCGUCGCCGUCACACUGAAGGAGACCAACGACUUCCCCCCUCAGCUGUUCCCUCGCAGCGGCUCUGUGUGCAGGACCGCAGACCGGGUGGAGUCCGGUCUGAUCGUGACUGCAGUGGAUGAAGACUUUCCUCCACACGCCGCACCCUUUUACUUUGACACGGCGGAUUACGUGUCCGUCAACUGGACUGUUGUUCCAAUCAAUGGUACUCACGCCGUGCUCCGGCCCCUCAUAGAGCUGGAGGAGGGAGAGUAUGUGGUCACGAUGCUGGUGUCAGACUCUGGCAGCCCAGUCCUGAGCGCUUAUGCUCAGGUCAAUGUCACCGUGUGUGCCUGCGACUCCUACGGAGACUGCAGGUCUGAGGCUGGCGCCGUCUUAGGCUCCAGUGUGGGAAUCAGCUUCAUCGCACUCAUGGUCAUCACGGCCAGUGUUGUACUCCUGCUGGUGCUGCUCCUCCUGGCUGUGGCGGUGACCACCUGCGGGAGACGGCACCACAUCAAGAAAAGAACAGGUCUCCUCAUCGGGGAGUCGGAAGACGACAUCCGCGACAACGUCAUCAACUAUGACGAGCAGGGAGGGGGUGAGGAGGAUGAGAACGCCUUUAACAUCGAUAUGCUGUGGAAUCCCCUCGACACGCCUUCAACCCCGGGUUCCUACUGCCCAGUGUCGCGUGUUCCUCGGGGCAAGCAGCCGCUGAGGAGGGACGCGCCGCAGAACCUGCCCUCGCCCAUUUACCCCAGGAGGCCUCCUGCAGAUCCCACUGACAUCGAGGACUACAUCAACGACGGCCUCGAGGCAGCAGACAACGACCCUAACGUGCCGCCGUACGACACCGCGCUGAUCUAUGACUACGAGGGAGAGGGUUCUCUGGCAGGAAGCCUCAGCUCCAUCGCCUCCAGCAGCUCCGACGGAGACCAGGACUACGACUACCUCAACAACUGGGGACCACGCUUUCAGAAACUGGCCAACAUGUAUGACCCACGCUGAGGAGCACGGAAGACGAAAUGUGGAAGCGACUGGUUUGUUGUGAUGUUUUCGAGGUUCAGCUCAGGAAAAGUAAAUAAAUAAGAAUGUAUAAAAUAAUGUGCUGACGUAAUCGGCCACAAGGAGGAGCUGUGCAUGUUAUGUGUGUCCACGUGGUUUUGUUUAUCCUCAGACUCUGAAAAUAAGCCUGAAAUAUGAAGAAAAAAAAGCAGCAUUUUAAAUGUAUUUCUUUUUUUUUAUACAAGUGAUUGUUUUAUAAGAUGAUUUUUGCUGGUUUUGUUUUUUCUUUUGAUCAAAAAAUCCUCCAUUCCAGCAUCUGUGGAAUGUUUCAUGAGUCAUCUACACAAUAUUCUGUAGCCAGUUGUUGUUUGGAGGUUAAACAAUUGAAUGUUUUUUAUUAUUACUGUUAUUAUUAUUUGUAUUGUUGAUUGAAUUUUGAUUUAUCUGGCGUCUGCAGAAUAAAUGUAAAUCUCCACUG